UACUGUUUUGUUUGUCGUUCAAAGUUUGGUUAUGUAUAUGAUUUGAUUUGACUUUUCAUGUCUGAAUAAUAAAAUAAGCAAAAUUCAGGAGAAUGGUGUUUGGUGAAAUAGUAGAGCCCUCAACAAGGGCAUUGUUAGACGAUGACGAUUAUCCGGAAUAUACGCCACCCACAAUCGAAUGGACAGGAGAUCAGCAAUGUUUAUCGAGAGCAGAAUCCCUGAUAUUCGUAGAAACUAGAAGGAUUGGCGAAAUUUUCCAUAAGUUCAUAUUGCAAGACUUGAAACCAGUCUGUUCUACAAAAAACAAUAUCUAUAUCUAUGAAAAGUCUAAUCAUUUCAUUAUCGUACAUAACGAAUCUUAUUAUGGAGCUAAUGAUUUGGCAACUGGGGAGGUUAUCAAAUCGAUAGAAAAUUACAUUGUCAAAGCCAAGCAAAUUAUUACCAUAACUUCACGUGCUUUAAGUGCUUAUGAAGGAGAAUUGGAUAGGGAAGCAGUAGAGUGUCUAUUCAAAUGUUUGAGUACCAACAAGUUGACCUUCGACUGUGAUAGAUUAAAGUCCCCUAAUUUCAUAACAGGUCUAGGAGGUGAUGUUUUAUCCUAUUGCAUUUAUAAAAAGUUGCAAUGUUCAUCUUUUGUACUUUAUCAUAAGAAUUUUGAUGUCGAUACUUUGAGCUCCAAACCUGUUUUAGAAUUAGCAGAAAAAUUGGGUUUAUCUCCCAGUCAGCACUAUUUAAAAACGGAGUUACCAAAGAAUAAUCUUUAUAUGUGAAGUAAAUUGAUGAAAACAUUA